AUGGCAGAUAGCAGCCCCGUAAUUCCUGUUCACCUCCUCGUCCUCGUCCAUGGCAUGUGGGGCAACCCAGGCCACCUCGCCGAAAUGGCUCGCAUCAUCCGCGAAACCAAAGAAGAAGCCGGCCCAGAUGGCAUCAAGUUGCACGUAUUACUAGCGGAAACCAAUCGGGAGGAUUCUACCUACGAUGGGAUCGACUGGGGCGCAGAGCGUGUGGCGGAAGAGGUUAUCCAGGAGGUUGAAAAGCUUGCAAACGAGGGUAAACGGGUGGCUCGGUUUUCGGUCACUGGUUACAGCCUUGGCGGCCUGGUUUCACGGUAUCUCGUUGGAAUACUGUAUCAACGGAAAUUCUUCGAGGAUGUCCAGCCAGUGAAUUUCAAUACUGUGGCCACACCGCAUAUCGGCCUGCUACGUUAUUCGUCGAUAUUGUCUUCGCUGACCUUUGCACUGGGCUCGAGAUUAUUAUCGCGAACUGGAGAGCAAUUCUACUGCGUGGACAAAUGGUCGAGCACCGGGAGGCCUUUGUUAGAGGUUCUCGCCGAUCCUAACAGGAUCUUCUACCAAGCACUCAGUAAAUUCAAGAAUAUCCGUAUUUAUGCUAAUGCUGUAAAUGAUAUGACGGUACCGUAUACAACCGCUGCCAUAGAGCUACAAGAUCCCUUUGCCGAUAUGUCGACGACUGGCCUAGAAAUAGACUUACAGGAAAACUACUGUCCAUUAAUCGAAUCUAUGACCGUCCCCCCAUCGCCUCCUCCACCUCCUCCAAGUCCACGCCUGUUGUCUCUGGCAUGGUUUAAGCGCUUCAGUAGCACUCGUCCUUUCCUUCCACCAUUCCUGCAGUUCAGGUUCCCAUUCAACAUCUUAUUAUACGUCUCACUCCCGCUGCUUAUCCCAGUUGCGAUUCUAACGGCUCUUACCCACUUUGCGCUUGCUACACAUUCGUCUCGCCGACGUAUCAAACUACUGGAGAAAGACGCACCGGCCCACGGACGGUUAAGCCACGUCCUCGCCCAACUAGAGAAACAAGUCGAAGACGCCGUUGCGGAGUUCAUCGAUUCGUCCGACCCCGAUGAGAACGAAGCUUCCUCCUCGCCACCGCUCCACAUCAAAGGGAAGCCAGGGAAGCCAUCUUCCGCACAACCUAUACUCUCUCCCGUACAGAAGAGAAUCGUCGCAUCACUGAAUAAGCUACCUAUCAAGAAGGAGCUGGCGUAUAUUGACGGGGUCAGGAACUCGCACGCGACGAUUGUGUGUAGGGAUGUCAAGCGGUUUGAUUUUCACCGUCGGGGAGAAGGGGUGUUGAAGCAUUGGGCUAAUUCUUUCACCCUGUAA